GUUUGCUUUCGGGUGGACAGUCUUAAUCGAACUUCCGACUGAGCUACUUCAGGAUUAAUUUCCUUUGCGCGCAUCGUGCACAGUGACUUAAGUUAUUUACGACGAUAAUCGUCUUUAUUAUAUUAUUAUCUACUUUCUCUAGCCUGUUUCGACCAAGAAGCUGAGGAGAAAGUUGCAGAGUGUAUUAAGGAUACAGUACUUAAUUAGAUAUUCGACUAGUUUGUUUCAUUUAUUUCUAUUUAACUGUAUCGUACCUGUACCACCUUCCGUAGAGAACGAAAGUUCAACUGACCGUUGUAAAAUUCUACUUGAUAUUCCGAGGAGUUUCCCAUAAUCAAUAUGCCAAGUACCAAGACAAGAAUCGCCAUAAUCGGUGGUGGUGCAGCAGGAUUGUUGGUAGCCCGUCAUGCAGCCACUAAGUUGGACACUUACAGCCUCACUGUAUUCGAGCAAACCGAUCAAAUAGGCGGAACUUGGGUCUACACCGACGAAAUUGACAUCGAUAAACAUGGAUUACCGAUUCAUAGUAGCAUGUACAAAAACUUGAGAACGAAUCUUCCCCGGGAAAUUAUGCAAAUACCUGACUUUCCAAUGAAGCAGCAAGAAGGAUCGUCGUUUGUUCAUCAUUCUGUGAUUCGAAAGUACCUGUGCGAUUAUGCAAAACAUUUUAAUUUGCAUCCCUAUAUAAAGUUAAAUACUGUUGUGAAACAUGUAAAACCGGAAACAUUGCGAAACGGGCAAACAAUAUGGCUGGUUACUUAUAAAGACUUGGAAACUAAAGUGGAGGCUACCAAAACGUUUGACGCCGUGGUUGUCUGCAAUGGUCAUUACACUGUGGGUCACAUUCCGCAUAUUCCGGGCAUCGAAACUUUUCCCGGAGGAAAAAUACACAGUCACCAGUACAGAAUUCCAGAUAUGUACGCUGGAAAGAAAGUUUGCAUCCUCGGUGCGUCUUGGUCCGGCAUCGACAUCGCAAUUGAGGUCUCGCAAUACGCCAGCAAGAUAUAUCUGAGUCACAAUUUAUCAGAACCGGUGGAUUCGAAAAUGUGUAAAAACGUGGAACAGCGACCAGGAAUCCAAUCUAUUCAAGGAAAGAAAUUUAUCUUCCGUGACGGUUCCUCGGCUGAAGUAGAUAACUUCAUAUAUUGUACAGGAUAUAAAUUUACGUAUCCCUUUAUGUCAUCUAAAGUUGAGAUGCGUACGGACGACAAUCAUGUAGAACCAAUUUACAAACAUUUAGUGCACAUGGAUUAUCCGAAUCUAUUUGUGAUGGGAUUAGCGGGGCUUGUAAUACCCUUCCCGACGUACCAUUUACAGGCUCAAUACAUCCUCGGUAUUCUAGAAGGUCGCGUGCAAUUGCCGUCCCCUAAGCAAAUGCGUGAAGAAUACGAAGCUGAGAAGACAGCUUUGCUUAAUCAGGGUAUACCUCUACGACAUAUCACAAAAUUAAAUGAAAGACAAUGGGCAUAUUAUGAUGAACUCGCUGCGAGUAUAAACAUUCCAAGCUUUCCACCAGUGAUCAAGAAAAUUUACGAUCAUUCCAAUCAGAUGCGUGAAAAAGACUUUACCACGUACAAAAACCAACAAUAUUGCAUAAUUGACGAUGAAAAUUUUGUAGUGUGUUACUGUAAACCUUGUUAACGUUUAAAGGCGAAUGAAAGAAAAUUGAUUUUAAAGAAAAUACCGAGCUCACUCGAAGUCAACUAUUGUUGCGCAUUUCAUUAAAUGUCGUUGCUCGCCGAGACUGAGCUUGACAUUACACGAUUCAGCUGUGAAAGAGAUCGCAACAAAGUUUAUGAUUGAAAUUAUCAUUAAAUAUGCAUUGUGUGCGUUCGAAAUAUUCACUGAAAAGAUUCACAGCCGAACGACGCUGUAAGGAUUCUUGUCACUCUCAAAACGUAUGGUUUUGAAUAUUGAAGUAUAGUGUUCUACUAUAUUUUAAAUAUUUGUUAAGAUAUAGGCUUCUAUGGAGAGGCGUUUUUAUAAAUCAUCUAAUGUUUAUAAUCUGCAAGAUGAGUUAUAUUAUAUAAGAGUUGUUUAAACUUCUACGAGGUAAAAAUCAUUCUUGAUUAUAGUACCAAUUGUAAUACAUACAGUGUGAAA